GCUCGCAUCGUCACUCCAGCCACGAUGCAUCUCCCCAUCAUGCUGUGGCUGAGGAAGGACCCGGCUUACAACAGCCCUUCCGUGGUGACCGUUAAGGGACAAAAGCCUUUAUAGCAGAGUCGUCUGCUUUCCCCACUUCUUCUGCAUCCCUCCCCCACCACACUCGUUAGCUCUGCUUAAAGGUCACUAGGCUUCACUGCUUACCUGGUCUUUGAGCCCUAGCUCUUCUUUUGUCUUUUCUAUUGGAAUAUUUGUUCAGAAGGGACGCUUGAAUUAGGAUGGCUUCGUCUGUCUUUACGGGCUCGAUAUGGAAGAAGUUCCGUGCAACGGUCGUCAACGACAUUUGGCCGGAAGUCCUCUUCUUCACAAUGGUCGCCGUCAUGGUGACGCUUGUGUCGAGUCUCACUGAGACUUCCCUUGCCAUUUCAUCUCAAAUGUUGACCGUUCUCGGUACGGUUCUUGGUUUGGUCAUAUCCUUCAGAACGUCCACCGCAUAUGAGAGAUUCAGCGAAGGCAGGAAGCUUUGGACAAAUAUUUCUAUUGCUUCUCGCAACCUGGCUCAAAUUAUCUGGCUUCAUGUUCCUUUUGACCGUGUUGACAAGGCGACUGGGAACAAGAAACCUAUGCUCGAGGUCAUGAUUGAGAAAAAGAGUAUGAUUAACUUGAUUCAAGCGUUUUCCGUAGCUGUCAAGCACUCACUGCGUGGGGAGGGCGGCGUUUAUUAUGCUGAUCUCUAUCCGCUCAUUUCCUUCUUGCCGCGCUUCAGCCAUCCGCGCAAAUGCACUGAGGAGGAGGUGCUUCCACUCUGGGGUGCUUCCGGUAUGGACCUCAAGAAGCACCACACCAUACGCAGCAUGACGCUGAACUCGAAGGAAACCACGUUGAAUCGAUUCGCAUCUGAACCUACCCCUCAAACCGACGAGGAGAUGGGGGAACUUCGCAAUGAGAAAUGGUUCGACUCUUUUCGCAGGAGUGACAAGAAGCGUUUCGAUCCCGAGAGUGCUUUGCCAGUUGUUCCAAGCGAGCAUCCUUUGAUGCCUUCCAGAAAUCCUCCAAAGACUUCUUUCUUUAGCUGUUUCCCUUUCCUCCGUAUUCUCAAACCUCUCAUCCGACCAUUCAAGCGUAUGACGGAGGAUGAACCACCACUACGUAGAUCCCUCACCGGCAAGAAGAUCCGUCCCCAGAUGGCUGAUUCCAACGUCCCCAUUGAAAUCACCCUCUUCUUGUCGACUUACUUUGCCUCGCUUAUGAGACAGGGCCUUCUUACGCCUGCGUCUGCCACUGCCAUGGUGAACGCUAUAUCCGGUCUGCAGGACACUGUCACAAAUUUAGAAAGGAUCAAGAGUACGCCGUUGCCCUUUGCGUACCAGGCUCAUUUGAGGAUGUCUCUCUGGCUGUACUUGUUCUUCCUACCGUUCCAAAUCUUCGGUGCAUUCCAAUGGCUGACCAUACCGGCAACAGCAUUCGCUUCGUUCCUGCUUCUGGGUUUCUUGGAGAUUGGUCAAGAGAUCGAAAACCCGUUCAAUUAUGACCUGAAUGAUUUGGAUCUGGAUCACUUUUGCCUUGCCGUGCAGCGCGAGUUGCACGAAAUCACCGCCGUACGUCAACCAUUUCACUUUUGUUUGCUAUUGUGGCUCACUCCGUACUGUGUCGCAUCCCAUAGCAUACGGCGCCAGACGUCAACGAAUUCAUCUUCACCGAGUGGAAUCAACCCUUCGCACCCGGAGAUAGGCGAAGUGCUAAGGAGAUGUUGCACGAUCUCAACCACCCGUAUCACGAUGAUGACGAGUGUGUCCAUAGCAUUCGCAAGACUCUUCUCAAGAGUUGGCGCGAAGUUGACCAGAUCACACGGAAACACUAAAAGGCUCCUGGGGCCUUGGUUAUUUGGAUUAAUGGCAGUGCCCUUCUCGUCUGGGUGCCAAACAAAAUUUCGGGUAUAGAUGGAGCUUGCUUGAACGCAAGGGUGCGCCACGCACGACAGUAAUUGUCAUACCGUCUUUCAGGUUGAACUUGGAAGGCAUGGACUUGGUAAUAUUUACGAUAAUAUAUAUAGGGCUUGGGUUGCGUCUGUAUAUACGACGAUAUUAUUGGGAUGUCUACAUCAUGCCAAAUUACAUUUCAGCUUUACUGAGCUGUACUUUCGGAGGGAUGGAUGAAGGCUGACCUUAUCUGCAUCAGAGGUCUCGACUUUUCUCGUGCGCCUCGAGGAAGAUUGACGCACAUUUCGAGAGAAACAAGCAG